AGAGGAGGUCAGAGCCCGCAGCACCUGAAGUAGGAUUGAGCAACACUGCCACUAUCAUUUAAACUCUGUUCUGAACCAAUUAUGAAAUGACAUAAAAGGUUUUUUUUUUGUCGUUUGCCAACAUGGGUCAGCAUUAUUUACCUCCAGCCAGUGUACUCCUUGAAAGUAUCGUCUUUGCUCUGCUAGUGUUGAUCCCUUAUGGACAUUCUGAGUGUGUAUUGUGCCAAUACAAGACAAACUCGACAGCAGACGUCACAAUCCUUGUAGAAGACAGGUCCUCCUGCGGUACGCAGAGCUCCAAUGUGACAAGCAGUCAGUCAAGCGUCACAGUGACUGGACUGCAGCCUGGAUACACAUACUUCCUCAAAAUCAACUGUUCAGAUGGGUGCUGCAGCAACCUCUCUACCAACACCUCCAACAAUCUGACUGUGACGCAGCUCAACUCAACCUCAGUUUAUCUGAACUGGACGGGACAGUUACCACUGGCCAAUCGAAAUUUUACUCUGCGCCCUGAGCCCGUCACUAACCUCUCUGUGACAUCUAUCACUGUGAACUCUGUAUUUAUGAGCUGGAUGCCUCAAAAUGGCAUCAGCCCGUAUUAUAGAGUAGCUUGGGGUGUAAACCCGCCAUUCUCCCUCACCACUGACCAAACCACCAUGCACGUCUCACAACUCGCACCUGGCACCAAAUACACCUUCAGGGUCACUUCAGUGGCCUCUGAUAAUCGCACUGAGGGACAGGCUUGUGAGAAAUCCCAAAACACAAAUCCAGCACAGGUGGAGAACAUCACUGAAGUGAGUUUCAGUAACAGCAGUCUGUCCAUAAACUGGACAGCUCCUCCAGGUCAUGUGGAACGUUAUAUAGUGAACAUAUUCAGUGCAGAGCUGAACAUGUCACGGGACCUGUCCGUCACUAAAAACUCCACUGAGAUUGGUAACCUCACAGCAGGAAGAGUCUACAACAUUACAGUCACGUCUGUUUCGGGAAUCCUGAACAACAUCUCAUCCGUAGUAUCGUUUGCCACUAGGCCUAAUCCACCUGAAACACUCAUAGUGAGCGUCACAACCAAUGCAUCUAUUUCUUUGCUCUGGUCGAGCCCUCUUUCGAUGGAUGGAGUAAAUGUGUCCUAUGAAGUCUCUUAUACAUCCAGCCAAUCAAGGAGCAACCAAACCACAAGUCAGGUUGGCUCGACACUCUCAGGUUUAUCAUCAGGCAGUCGGUAUGAAAUCUGUGUGGUCACGGUCGGAGUGAAAGAUCGCAGGAGCUCAUGUGUAUACCUCACUACAUAUACAGCUCCUAAUCCGGUGCAGAAUCUCGAGAUUUCUGUCAGCACCAGUUGGGUCAAUCUCACCUGGCUCCCCCCUAGUGGAAACUCCAGCCUGUUCUCCUACAUAAUCCACAUUACCACACUCAACAAGAUGUUCAAUACCACAUCCAACAAUUAUCAGAUUACUCAGUUGCAACCCGGUACUCGGUAUAAUUGCAGCGUUAGAACUCAGAUAUUGAAUGGCAACACCUCUGGCCCCUCACAAACCAUACCGUGUAAUACCAAGCCUCUUCCAGUGAUUAAUUUAACUGCCUCUAGCGUGGGCACGACUGAGAUGCUUCUCUCCUGGUCUCAUCAGAGUGACUACAAAUCUACAUAUGUGUAUAAUGUGAGUGUGAAUGGAGAACAAAGGACACAAAACGGGAGUGAGACUGCAAAUGUACCAAACCUGACCCCUGGCAGCAACUACACAUUUACUGUGCAAACUGUAGCAAACGGCAUUAGCUCCGAACCUGUGUCCGUCUCUGAGUUUACAGGGCUUGAUAAAGCAUCAGUUAUUUCUGCUGUGGGAACUACUCGGAGUAUAAAAGUGGACUGGAGGCCGCCCGCUGGCAUUGUGAGCCUCUACAGCAGCCGACUGCUCCUGCUCAAUGAAACUGUUUUCAAAACAGUUUCAAAAAAUGAAACCUCUGUGGUGUUCUCAGGCAGCAGGCCUGGUACUCUGUACAAUGUUGUGGUUUCAAGCAUCAGUGGACACAUUAAACAGGACAGUGAUGGUAUCCAGAAUGCUACCUUGCCUACUCCUCCUCGUGAGUUGAUGGUGUCUGCACGAAGCUCAGAUUCUCUGAACAUCAGCUGGGCUCGGCCGCUCAAUAUGAGCUCAGUGUCACACACCUUCCUCCUGCAGUACAGCAGCACAAAUCUAUCAUGCUCAUUUAACUGGAGCCAAGAUUUCAUCUCUCUGACUGGCCUCAUGGCAGGUGUCCAGUACAACAUCACUGUGAAGACCGUUGGUGCACUGGGUUAUCUGAGCACUCCUCUGUAUUACUCCUCAUAUACGAAUCCAAGUCCUGUCACUGGAGUGAAAGUAACCAGAUUCACAGAAAGCAGUAUAACUCUGAUUUGGGAGCAACAUGACGAUCUGCAGUAUGGGUACUCCUAUUUGCUCAAUAUCACAAAUGAGCGGAAAACUGUGAAUAACACCACAGCAGAGCUGCUGUCACUUCAGUCUGCUAGUCAAUACAACAUCAGCAUUAUCACACAGACAGCAGGUCACACCCAGUCUAAUCCCCAGUUCAUAACAGCCUACAGCAAACCAUAUCCAGUUUCCAAUGUGAGUUAUGAAGUUCUGAAAGUUUCUGCUGUGAGGCUGAACUGGGAUCCUCCUAAGGAGUACCACGGGGGCAUUUCUUAUAGAAUAUUAGUGUCCAAAUGCUCACAAAACAGUAAAAACCUGUCUACGUUUUCUGAAAACAUCACCGUAACAGACCUGCUGCCCGGGACCCUGUGUCUGUUCAGUCUUUAUAGUUUGGCUUAUGGCAUUUUGGGAGAGCCACAGAACAUCACUACUUUCACAAAACCCUCUGUGGUGGUUCCAAAAGUAAAGAAUCGGGGCUCAAAUGACUCGCUCGUGGUGACGUGGGAUCCUCCUGUCGGUGGACUGGACAUGUAUAUUCUCAACAUCAGCAGUAUGGAAUUGAACAAAUCCAUAAACCUCAGUGACACACAGCACAAUCAUACCUUCAGUCAACUAAAAGCUGCAACUGUCUUCAAAAUCACUCUCACCACUGUUAUAAGAACCUUACACGAAACAUCAAGUGCAGUUUACAAUGCAACCUAUCCAAACAAACCAGGAGAAUUGAAGGAGAUGUCAAAGAGCACCCAUUAUCUGCAGUUGCGAUGGGCUGAAGCUCAGGGCAUGACUCCUGGCAGCUUUAACUACAGCCUGACCUACUGGUUUGGCCUUAACAGCAGUCGGUUUUUGACUACAAAUAACACUUUUCUUCUGGACAACUUGCGAUCUGGAACAUCCUACAAUGUUUCUGUAGCUAGUGUGGGGCCAAUGGGUUUCAAGAGUGAAUCUGUGUUCAGAUUUCCUGUAACCACUAAGCCUUAUCCUGUCCGAAACCUCCAAAUUAUUUCCAUGAAAACAAAUGCCAUCUCCAUAACAUGGGCGGAAGUGGAAAGGGUCACAAAGUAUGUAGUAAGAGUGUACGAGAAGGCGGAGCCAAGGAAUUACUCAACCAGUUCAGGAAGAUUUACUGUGGAAAAUCUGAUGCCUUCCACACAGUAUAUCAUCAGUGUGAGGAGCAGCACUUCUGACGACACGGAGGGAGAUGAUGAGCGGCUGGAAGCAUGUACAGAUGCAGCUCCAGUGGAGACUUUGACCUGUAUUGGUCCUAAUCUAACUCUACCAAUGCUCAUGCUCUCAUGGAGUUCUCCUACUGGUGGAUAUCUGGCCUUUGAACUCAAGCUCUCUUCCUCCGAUUCUUCAGCUUCAACUACAGCUUCAAACACCUGCUUCAACCACAGCUUCACUGGACUCAAGUACAAAACUUCUUACAUUGCCACUCUCUGGACCAUCGGCUGUGGCAACAAAAGUACAGCGAAGACGGUCCACUGUAUGACUGGAAUCACAAGACCUGUUGUCCCUACAAUAGAAACAGCAGCGAAAGUGUGUGAUACACAAUACAACAAGUUUACUGUGAUUCUUCAGCCGGAAGUCUUUAAUGACUCCAAUGGUCCCGUGCUUUAUUAUGGUGUCCUUGUAUGCUCCGACGCUACUGGUUGCCAUACUGAGUCUAACCAAUGGCUGUUAAAUACCUAUGAGAACUGGAAAGCGAAUCGGUGCUCCGCUUACCUGGCUAUUGUCAAAGCAACGGCGCACAGAAAUGUGGAUGAACACACCAUUGUCAUUGGAGAUCAGACACAGUGGAACGGUUACACAAAUGGGGAACUUUAUGCUAAAGGCAGUUACCGUUUUGCUAUCAUCACUUUCACUCAUCUGGAGAUAACCAACAAUUUAGUAAACGUGUCUAAUUCAUACUACUCCAUAUCCCAGUUUUAUCAAACCUCCAUCAUUCUGCCAGAGAACCCAGUGGUAAUUUGGUGUGUAGCUGGAGGAGUCGGUGUCAUUGCUGUUCUCAUUGUAAUCAUGAUCGGUGUUGUGGCUUGUAGACGGAAACAAAGAAAAGAUGAUUCUACUAGUGUUCCUAUCCACUCCAUACGAAACAAAGUGAGUAAUCCAAUCAAGGUGGAAGAUUAUGAGGCCUACUACAAGAGGCAAAGAGCUGAUUCUUUCUGUGGAUUUGCUGAAGAAUUUGAGAAUCUAAGGCCGGUUGGAAUAAAUCAGGCAAAAACCGUCGCUAUGGCCCCUGAAAACAAAGCCAAGAAUCGUUAUAACAAUGUGCUGCCAUAUGAUUCAUCUCGAGUUAAGCUCUCUGUGCCCAGCAGCCCAUUUGAUGAGUACAUUAAUGCCAGCUACAUGCCCGGUUACACAUCAAAGAAGGAGUUUAUCGCAGCACAAGGACCUCUGCCCUGCACUGUCAAUGACUUUUGGAGGAUGAUCUGGGAGAAAAAUGUGCACACCAUUGUCAUGCUCACCAAGUGCAAUGAGCAAGGACGGGUAAAAUGUGAGGAAUACUGGCCAUCAGACAUGACAAGUUUUAACAAUCUGACAGUGACGACUACUUCUGAAAUCCCACUAGAGGACUGGACCAUAAGUGACUUUGAAGUAAAAAAUGUGAGAACAGCAGAGACACGAUCAGUUCGUCACUUCCAUUUCACUGCAUGGCCGGAUCACGGUGUACCUGAGACCACUGAGCUUCUCAUCAACUUCAGGCACCUGGUCCGAGAACACAUGGAGCAGUACUCACGACAUUCACCCACACUUGUGCACUGCAGUGCAGGUGUGGGCCGGACAGGAACUUUGAUCGCCAUUGAUCGAUUAAUCUUUCAGAUUGAACGUGAUGGUGUAGUGGAUGUAUAUGGGAUCAUCCAUGAUUUACGCAUGCAUAGACCACUGAUGGUGCAGACAGAGGAUCAAUAUGUGUUUCUUAACCAGUGUGCCAUGGACUUCAUCAGGUCUAGGACUGGAAACAAUGUAGACUUGAUCUACCAAAACACAGCUGCACUCACUAUUUAUGAGAACUUUGAACCCUUGAAAAAAUCUAAAAAUGGCUAUCAUAAUGCCUGACCCUCUGCCCUGAACAUGACUCUGCACUGCUGUCAACACUUUUUAAAUUGAUAGUUUAAUUGAAAGAAACAAAAAACAAAAUCUAUUUAUUUAAGUAUGUUUGUUUAUAAAGAAGUAUGCCAAAUAUUUUAUAGUUUUAUUCAUUUUAAUCAAGUACAGAAGUGAAGUGGCAGUGCCGUGUUGUUAUAAUUCACAUAGAAAAAAGUGGUAAUGUUUUCAUAAUGUAAUAUGACAUAUGCGUUUUCUCAUCUUAAACAUUCUCAUGUUUUCAUCUUCAUUUGUCAUAAUGAAGAUGUGCAAUAACCUGUGAGGAAUUUAUCCUACUGAUGAAAACAUGCCAUUUCUCUUGAAUGGUCCUAGCAUUGUUUCUCAGUUGGUUUUGCUUUAGUUUGUGAUGCAGUUCUUUUUAUUUCCUCUCAUCUGACGGGUACGUAAUUAAAUCUGAUAAGUUACAGAGGCCUUGGAUAUUUAAGGAGCAAGCGGCCGGUUUCACAAGAGGUGGGUGUACAUAGGCUUAUUACAGAAUUACAUAUUGGGCUUUCCCAAUAUUUACUUUCCAUUUUAGGUUGUAUGAAGGGGAAUAAAUACAGUACAGUUUUAUCCAUUCCUUCACUAUUGAAAACCCUCCUAUUGCUCUGUAGAACCUCCAUUAUAGUGUCUUCUGUAAUAAACACACCAACACCUUAUUUCUUACUUCCCUAAAGUAAUACAUCCAAUCCCUUCACUGCAGGUUAAUAACAAGUAACACUGCAAUUGCAUCUGUCCAAAUAUUUAAAUGAAAUAAUUUUGGUAACUCUUUACAAUAAGAUCACAUCGAUUGAUCCAGUAACUAACAUGUAUUUAAGCAAUAUUUUACAGCAUUUAAAAACUUGUUUAAUGUUAGUUAAAAGCAUAAUAAUUCAUUUAAGUCCAUUGUGCAUUAACUAAUAUUAAUAGAUACAUGUGAUUAAAAAGUUAUUCAUAAAUGUUGACAUUAACAUUAAGAUGAAUAAAUGCUGUACCAGUAUUGUUUAUUGUUAGGUCAUGUUAACUAAUGAUUAGGUCAUGUUAACUUAUGUAAAUAAUGUUAACAAACUGAACCUUAUUGUAAAGUGUUACCAAUUUUCUAUACCUAGGAGUCAAAACCAGCAGAGAAUUAUUAUAAAAAAGUAUAUGGGCUAUUUACUACUACUGUGAUUGUUGGGACCAUAUAAGUGCAAUAAGUUUAUAAGCAUUUCAAGUUACUGGUCAAAUAUUUCAGGAAUUGUUUUAUAUACUGUAAAUGUUCAGUAUAUACCUACUGAUAAUUUUUUACAAAAGAAAGUCACAUCCUGUUUGUGCAUUUUAAUUGUUAUAUUUGUACAUAAAUAUAUAUUUUUUGUUCAGACUGUACUUAGCUUUGUGAAGUUUUAAUAUUUUGCCUUUUUUAUGUUUAUUGAAUACUCUGCUGGUCAAGGUAAAUAACAUAUUACAGAUAAACUCUGUAUUAUAUUUAAAUAAAAAAAUUGCUGCGCUUCAUUUUACACCAUUGUGGGUAUUUUGUGUGCUUAUGAAACCAACCUGAUUUAUUGUGAUUCCUGACAA